GGGUCUUCCUACAUGACUUACCAAUCAAGUUUGAGUUUUGUUCUAGUCCAUCAAAUUUUGACGAAGUUUCAAGCCUUCCAGUCUUUUGAUUUUUGACAAAGUUACAAGCCUUGAUCUUAAAGAUUUUUUUCUAAAAUAGCUGCUUCGCGGCUACAAAGUGCAGUAGGGGACAUUGUGUAUUAUAAACAUAGCUCUCAGUGAUAUUUUUUACAAAUUUUCUCAUCUGAGUCCUGGGACUCAAUACCUUGCAAAUCUAUGAGUCCAGGAAUUAAAAGAAUGAGUCCAAAUAUUAAACGAUAUUGUUGUUUGAGAAAUUUCAAUGCAUUUUUGGGACUCACAUACUUCAAAACUUUGCAUACCUAGAGGUUUUUGUGAGUUCAGGACGCAGGCCUUGCAGAUCAUUAAUUCACAAGAAUGGCCGCCAGAUUUGUUGACAACUCCUGCGACACAACGCGGCAGCUACUGCAGCUUUAUCAAUCUGGCGACCUCUCCGACCUCAUCCUGAAAGUAGGUCAGCGUAAGUUCAAGACCCACCGUCUCAUCCUGUGUGUUGCCAGCGACGUGUUCCGCACAAUGCUGAUGAGUGAUAUGUGGCCGGAAGGGCGGAGUAGAAAAGUGGUCCUUUGUGAGGAUGCAGAAUGUGAAGCUGCUUUUGACUGCUUUUUGACGUACAUCUACAGUGGCCAAGUUGAACUGAGAAAGGACAAUGUGUUACCCCUGCUUACUUUAGCAGACAAGUACAAUGUCCCUAGAUUGGCAGCGUCCUGCAUUGACUAUAUGAAAGCAUCAUGCUGUCCAGAAACAGUCUGUAACGUUUUCUCCUGGCUACACUAUGCCAUAAUGUGUGGGUAUAGAGAAGUGGAACAGAGAUGCACUCAGUUUAUGGCAUGUAAUUUUGACAGGGUUAUCAAAACAUUUGAGUUUAGUUCUAUUGCUCCAGAGGUGUUGAAGAUGUUUCUAGAGCAUCCACAUCUGACAGUGAGCAGUGAGUAUCAUCUGUAUUUGGCAGUGAAAAGAUGGCUACUUCACUAUUUCUCACUGACAGGAAAUACAGAUGCCAAAAUGUUCCACCACUUUAUGUCACAAAUAAAUUUUCCUUUGAUGCAGUUCAGUGAAAUUCUCAAAUUAGAAAAGGAGAUCGUACCGGAAUUCGAGUCCUUCUAUCUGAAAACAGUGUUCUCAUUUCUCCGCUACCAAAAAGGUGCUGAAAAAAUCGCGCCCAAAAGUGCGCAGGAAACGUUUAAGGAGAGAGAAUGGUGCAUACCGAGAAUUUAUCCCACUGAAACCUGGAGCACAGACAUGGUAAUUGACAAUGUCUUGCAAUUGCGGGAGGGUGAAGUGAGGGGAGCAUUCUUUAGUACGCCUCUGAAUUAUGCAGAUUCGGAGCUCGGCAUGCACCAAGACUGGCAUGUGAUGUUCUACCCACGCGGGGUUGUUUACCAGUCAUGCCAGAUGAUUGGUAUCCCUAGAAACAUCAUCAAUCCGGGCGGGGAGUUUCACACAGUGAGGCUGGCUCUGUCAACUGAAUGUCAGCAACGACAAAAGUUUAAAAUCUCGGUCCUCAUAUACAGUGUCUACAGCGAUGGGCCGGAAUACGUGUAUUGCGUGAAGUCGACGGAUGCAAUAUUUGACAAGGACUGUUCGCUGUUCAAUUUUGAUGGUAUUAUUCCCUACGAUGAAGUUCUGGCAAGUCAUUCGCCCUUCAGGAUAGGUGACAGUAUUAAAAUGAAAAUUGUUAUCAGACCAUUGGCUGUUAAGACAAAUGUGGCUUCAUAAGUGGACAUGCUGAAAAUGUGUUUUAAAAGAACAUUAACAAGGCAAACUAACAGGGAAAUAUCCUUUGCUUACUUCUUUUUAAUUAUUAUGUUAUUAAAUUUUAAUGUUUAUUACCAGAGAGAAAUUGUAAAGAAAAAAUCACCUUUUUUGUUCCACUUCUUUUCGGCAUAUGAGCACUAACUUUUGUGGUCAAGAAAUGCUAGGAUAUAAGAGUAUAAUAUUCAAAAUAGCCUACUUAAGUGUUUUGGGGGUUAUACAUACAGUCAUUUUCUGUGUCUACAGUAGUGCAUUGAUCAUUUCUUAAUAUACUUUAGUAUUUAACUAACUUGUUAUUAAGUUAUAUAUUUUAUAUUAUAUAAGCAAUUCGCUGUUUUUAUUUGUUUAUGUUUAUUUAAAAAGUUCACUUGUAUAAACAAAUGUUUUGAAUAUGCAAUCGGCUUCAUGUAUAUGCACUUACUCCAUGUAUUCCAAAAAGAUAUUGUAUAUCUGUGUAGAUUUACAUAUAUGAUUUAUAUACAUGUAUAAUUGUAUAUAUAGUUGCAGUUGCUUUGUCAUUGUUACUACAACUAGAAGUGUUAUAUGCUUUACAUGUAUGUUAUUAAAAAUUUGAAAAUAUUGUCAAAGAAGCUCUAUGAGGAUAAUGUAUUCACAUUUUCUGAAGUGUAUUAUAAGUUGUUUCACCAAAACUUUGUGCUGCUAAUUAAUCAUAUGAGUCGUGUUUUGAGAAAACUGGGCAUAAUGCAUGUGUGUAAAAUGUCGUCCCAGAUUAGCCUGUGCAGUCCUUACAGGCUAAUCAGGGAAGACACUUUCAGCUUUUAUGACAUUUUUUCGUUUAAAUGAAGUCUCUACUUAGCAAAAAUCCAAUUAAGGCGGAAAGUGUCGUCCCUGAUUAGCCUGUCCGGACUGCACAGGCUAAUCUGGGACGACACUUUACGCACAUGCAUUAUGCCCAGUUUUCUCAGAACACGACUCAUAUGUUCAUACUUAUAAUAAAACCAGUUCAGAGUUUCAUAAUUAACUUCUGGCUAAAUUGAUGCAUUUUGACACACUUAUAUAAUGUUUACCCAUAAUAGUUUAAGUGAGCUGCUCUCUGACGCGGCUUUAUGCAUGUUGGUAUAGUGUUGUCCCAGAUUAUCCAGUGUAAUCUGUACCGGCUAAUUGGGACAACACUGUCUGCUUCUAUGGUAUGGUAUGGCUUUUUAGGAAAGUCUUUUUAAACAAAAAUUCAGUCUAGGCAGAAAGUUUCGUCCCCGAUAAGCCUGUUCUGAUAGGCUGGUCUGUGACUACUUUGUACUCACGUGCAUUAAGCCUCUGUUCUGAUAGGCUGGUCUGUGACUACACUGUACUCACAUGCAUUAAGCCUCUGUUCUGAUAGGCUGGUCUGUGACUACACUGUACUCACAUGCAUUAAGCCUCUGUUUUGAUAGGCUGGUCUGUGACUACACUGUACUCUGAUAGGCUGGUCUGUGACAACACUGUACUCUGAUAGGCUGGUCUGUGACUACACUGUACUCAGGUGCAUUAAGCCCUGUUUUCCCAGAGCAAUAUUCAAAUAUUGUUUUUAAAGGGUAAGUACAUGAUUGACAAUAUUUCAUUCCAUUACAGUCAUUUUUUACCAUUAUUAUAUUGUGGGUCUUGUUAUUUUGUUCUGUUUGUCAGUUGUUCAUUUUAUACUUUAUUUAUAUUAAUAUGUCUUAUGUUUUAGACACAAGUUUCAUAGAAGUUUAAAAUUGUAUAUUUUGGGGGUUUUACGAAUGCUUCUCUAAACAAAGAGUUCUUAGUUAAGGGUGUCACGUUUAAACGUUUAAACGGUCGCGUUUCGUGUUUUGCUGAAAAACGUUUACCAAAACAGUAAACGUUUAAACGACAGUCAAUAUCAAUAUAAUAAAUAUUGGGGUGCAAAUAACGCAGCCGACUAGCUGUACAAAGCGGAUGGCACAGACAUGAACGGACACUAACGGAAAAUCUUCGCUACUUUCCGAAAAUCUUACAACGUGGCAACGAAACAGUAUGCCGCCAUCUUGAAAUAUUUUAAUUGAUUGAUUAGCAAACUAAAACACCGCGGUAGCAUGUUGAAAAGCAAUAUUUUAACCAAAUUAUAUAUUGAUUACGUUUUUGCUAGUUAACUGUUUUUUUCAUUUUCUGCGGUCAAACGAUAUGCACAUUGUAUUUCAUGUGCAAAAUACGUGCAUUUGUUUCGGAGUGUCGUUUUCGGAAACAGUAUUUUUCAUCGAUUUUACAUUAUUUUCGACGUUUUUUAAAUUAUUUUUAUAGUAUGACGAAUACACAUGUGUUGAUACGGAUGGUCUGUUUUAUAAUAUUUUAUGGUUUUAAUAUGACGUCAUUGCGCGAAUGGUAUAUGCACUGAAUAUUACUUCCGGAAAUAACUAUUUUCAGUCUGGAAAUGCGAUGGUACUUAGGCUUUUUAAACGGACAAAGGGAUACCGUUUAAACGGUAACGUUUCGUUUAUUUCAUUUCGUUUAAACGUUUAGAAAAAUCUGUAAACGUGACACCCUUAGACUUCUUAGUCCAAUUUUCAUUAAAUCCUUGUUUAUGUUUGUUCUUUGUUUUAAAAUUGAGGACCUUAUUCCAUGCUAUUUUACGAUUCCUUUUAUUUGGUAUUGUUUGUUCUCAUCUUUGAUUGAAGACAUGUUUAUAUAAAUGAAGAUUGUUUCUGUUAUGGGCAUUUUACAUAUGGACAUUUGAGGUGUACAUCCUAUGUUUUUCGCGACUAUAAGCUAUAUAAAUAAAUAGCAUUUA